AUGAAGUCGAAGAUGGACGCAGAGCUGGACAAGUUUUGUCGCGAGUUCUAUGCCAAAUUCCACACUUUCUUCAUUUUUUCUGUGUGUUCGCAUCCAAAUUUGAGAAGAAAGUGGUAA